AGGGGAUUGUACUUUCGCCAUCUUCGUGACGAUCAGCUAAACACGGGGUGUUUUACUGAGAUAUCUUUUCAUAGAUCUCGACUAGCACCAUGUCAGGAUAUCAGUCAAGCAGUGCGGUGGGAGAACUAUGGUUGCAGUGGUUUUCUUGUUGUAUCAACCAGCCUGCACAACAGAGAAAAAGACAGCAGAGGCGGAGGAUCGACAGGUCAAUGAUUGGAGAACCAACCAACUUCCAACACACGGGGCACAUCGGCUCUGGAGACGUUGAGGUUGGCAACAGCAGAUUGCGAGCCAUCCAGAGUCAGAUGCAGAGCAAGGGUGGCUACGAAACCUCCUUCACCACUCUCAAAGCAUACUAGUUGGUCCAGAGUUGUACAUAGCUGUGAAGAUGAAAUUUUGUGAAUUCAUUUUUAUUUAAGUAUAUUUUUAAGUUGUACAGAAUUGAUUUUUGUAUUGUAUUUAAUUUUUAUGUUACUUCCCCCACCGCCAUGGCUUUGCUGCAUUUUCCCUACUGUUACGGCCUUUUGAAUAAGUUUAUUUUGUGUUGUUGAGCAACAUAGAUUUCAUCCUAUUGAGAAUAAGCUUUUAUUUUGCUUACAUUUAUUUUGUUAAUGAUGUUAUUUUGAUUAAAUUUUUAUUCAGAAGGAUUAAUUGUUAAACAGGUAAAACAAUCAGUAACAAGUGAAAGUAUAGGACUAGUCAUUGAGUGAUGUUUAUUUUUAUUAAUCUGUAACACACAAUUUAACAUUGAAGAGUAUGGUUUUUAGAGUGUUACUAUUUGAUGUUGAUAGAAAACACUGUGACAGUGAAAUUAUUGAGCAUUUAUGUGAGGUAAACUAUACUUCUUAAAUUAUGAUAAGUUUUUAAGAAAACCCUGACAUUGUCAUCACAGUUUACGGGACGUAUUGUAUUUAUGUAUGUAUUAUUUUGCUCUCUGUGAUUAUUCUGUUAACACUAUUUAGGAAUUUGUAGCUUGUUCAUGUGUUAUUUGUGUAUAAGCAGUGAAUGUGUAUAGUAGAUUAGGUUAGGCUUAGGUAUAAGUUUACAGACUAAGCCUACGUUCACACAUAUUGACUUUGCUCCAUGGACGACACAACUCAGGAAGAUAAAUUAAUUUUUGAUCACCCAACAAUUCUUUAUUACCAUAUCAAAAUAUGUAUGUUUUGACACGAUAUUAUGGUGCUAACGAUAUUAAAGUGUCAUGCGGUUUUGUCCAUAGUAUUCAUAGUGCCUUGUACAGCUUGAAGUGAGGUAUUUGCUUGGAAUCACAUGACACUGUCAGAACAGGUACCUCCGUAAACACAUUUAUACAACUGAAUUUUCACAACGUUGUGUCGUUAGCAGCACACAGCAUAAGUCAUACGUAUGUACGGGGGCCAAGUAAAAGCAAAAUCUCAGAAGUCUGAAUAUUGCCUUACAAUAAGUAAGACUGCCAGCAGCCAGCUACUUGUUUGCUACUCAAGUCUGCCUUCCAACUCAUGUCAUCCACCUUGUAUAGAUUAAAAAGUGUAGCCUAGGCUAGACUAGGGUUUUGAUGGAUAAUCUUUUUAUGAAUAACUUCUUGAUCAGCAUUGUCUUUUUAUACAAUAAACGUUGCAUCCAACCGUUGAA